UUUGUUUAAUGUUGGCCACAAGACACUGAUAGACGCAGAUCAAUCCACGUGUCGGCAGAUAUUUUUUUGCCGCAUUGCCACGAUUCUACCAUGAAGCGUCCAGGCUUAAAGAAAGCGAGUAAACGGGUGUCUUGUUCCAAGCGUUACAAAAUACAGAAAAAGGUUCGGGAACACAACAGAAAACUUCGGAAAGAUGCUAAAAAAAAGGGAUUUGGCCAAAAACAAAAAAAAGACAUUGGAGUUCCUAAUAAAGCACCCUUCAAAGAGGAUAUUCUGAGGGAAGCAGAAAAUAGGAGGUUGAAGCUUGAAGAAGAAAAGGAGAAAAAGAAACUUGCAAAGCAACAAGAACGGGCUCAAAAACGGAAAAAGGAAAAUGCUGCCAGCAGUGAGGCAGACCCUAAAGUGAAGAAAGCUAGAAAGGAGUUACCGUCACAAGAGGACCUUGUGAAACAGAUGGUGAAACAGAGUGACCCAAGGAAUUCAAAAAAGUUCCUUUGUUCAGAAUUAAAAAAGGUGAUUGAUGCCUCAGACGUUCUAGUUGAAGUCCUAGAUGCCAGAGAUCCCAAUGGCUGCAGGUGUCCACAGCUAGAGGAGGCUGUGCUGAAGAGCAAAGGAAACAAGAAGCUACUAUUCCUGUUGAACAAAAUAGAUCUUGUCCCUAAAGAGAAUGUUGAAAAAUGGCUCCAGUGUCUUCAGCUUGAGUUCCCCGCUGUGGCAUUCAAGGCAUCUACACAACUACAGGACAAAACAGUGCAAGACAAGAAAGCCAGGUUUGCGGUUCUUAAUGGGGUAGUUGACCAGACCAAAGGAGUGGCCUGUUAUGGCAGCAGUUGCUUUCUCCAGCUGUUGGGCGACUAUGCAACUACAACAGAGCGAGAGGGCUCACUAAAAGUAGGCUUAGUUGGGUUCCCCAAUGUGGGUAAGAGCAGUCUGAUCAACAGCCUCAAGGGGAUGAGGGCCUGUAAUGCAGGAGUCCAGAGAGGUAUCACCAGGUGCUUCCAAGAUGUCCACAUCUCCAAGAAUGUCAAGAUGAUUGACAGCCCAGGGGUAGUCGCAGCUCAGUCGAACCCGAAAGCUGCCAUGGCACUGAGGAGUCUCCAGGUGGAGGAUAAGCAGGAGAAUGUUUUGGAGGCUGUCAGGGCUCUGCUCAAACAGUGCAACAAGCAGCAGAUAAUGCUUCAGUACAACGUUCCAGACUUCAGAAACUCUCUAGAGUUUUUAACCCUUUUUGCUAAGAAACGUGGAUUUCUGCAGAAGGGGGGAGUCCCCAACACAGAGCUGGCUGCCACUACCUUCCUCAAUGAUUGGACAGGUGCAAAGCUUAGUUACCACUGCAAAGCCCCUGAGAAUCUCAGUCUUCCCCCAUACCUCUCUGAAGACAUUGUAACUGAAAUGCAGAAGGGGUGGAACUUGGACAAGCUGAAGAAGGGCAAUGAGGAGACUAUAAAAAGUGUCAAGUUUCCAAACCAGGCCAGCAGUAUUGUCCUCCUGUCUAAAGGCCCCACUGCUGGAGUUCUGAGUGACAGUGAUUUGGUUGAGGACAAACCUGUUGUAGAGCCAACCGAGAACGAAAUGGAGGAUAACUGUGAAAUCCUAAAGGCUGAGUUUGGAGUGUUUGAUGCAGAGAAAGAGGAAACAGAGGAACCACAAAGAGAAACACCACACACAAAACCAGCAACGGUGAGGUUCCAAGUUCCAGGCCCAGUCCAUAUUGACCUCUCAUCAGUCCACACAGAUGAUGCCUAUGACUUCAACACAGAUUUUAAAUGAACAAGUCCUUUUUGUUAAUUAUUUUUCUUGAACAAGACUGGUGUCACUUGCUCUUUGGGUCUAUAUAUAGGCUAUUAUAAUCAAGUGACUCAGAUGUCUAUAGAUGUAACCGGUAAUGAGUUGAUGUUGCUGUUUUGAGUAUAAGGGGCGGCAAUAAUGUUCUGUCAAUGUUCAUUGUGAAUUAUUGUAUAUAGCCUUAAGGAAUACACUGAUACAUAUUUUA